AUGAACAUUGUCGAGUUGUGUGGAGAAACGCCUCUUAUGGUCACAGAUUUUCUUUCUUUUGAAGAGCCACUCUUCUAUGAAGAUAACAGUUUUCUUUUAACCGACAAUGAUGCUCGCGAUGAUGAACAGUUUUCACCAGUCUCUAAAGCCCUUAAUAUCGAUUGGAAUCUUUUACAAAAUGAAAAAUAUAAUGAUCAUGAGGCAAAUUCCACUGGAUUAAACCAAGACGUAAUUGAAAAGCCCCGGCAUCUCAACCGAGAAUCGCAAUCUUUAGUUCAGUACUUCAAGUCCUUAUUUGAGGAUGCUAAUAUUGAUGCGAUUACCCCGCCGCAACAUCAAACGAACCUGAGGGUUUCGGGAAAAGCGGCGAAGGAGAAGCGUUUUAGUCGUGACAAAGGCGUUAAAUUCAAACCAGAUGCUGAAUUAGACCACCAAGUUUGGAUGCGCUUCUCAAAACCAGUGAAUUAUAUUGACGCGGAUCGUAUUCUACGGGAGCUCUCUGAGAUCAUGGGUAUUCGUCCUCCUAUAGCACGGUUCCAACUCGACAAAACCGGUCGUGUACUCCUUUUUUUCGUGCCAUUUGAGUCGGGAAUGCUGGGCAAGGACAUUGUCAGCAUGAUGCCGGAAACACUGAAAUGGAUAAACAAAAACUCUAUUCUUCAAUACGGUGUUGGAUUCCCUUCCUCAAAAGAAGGAAGACCAGGUCGGUCUGAAAGUGUUUCAGUUGGCACGGGGCGACUGUCCAAGAUCGAAUUCGUCGCUGUUAUAGUCGUGUGUGCUUUGGCAGUUCUUGUUGCUCUCCUCCUAUUCGUGCACAUACUCAUCAAACGUCGAGAAAAACUCAGUGGCUACAUACCUGCUGUUGAUAAGACCUCGCGAAAACCGUCUGAGAGACCCUUGGUUGGAACCGCUUCACCAUCCCCUUCGGGCUCAAUUGUAAAUGUCAGUGUCAUGAGUAGUGGAAAUGACUUCUUGACAAAACAACCCCACCAAGAGUCCACAUCGUCUUGCUCUACUGGCUCACCACCUCCCUAUCAGGAAUCCAUGGAACACGGCGGAAUUCAGGGUACCUAUCGCCCUCCAUUGGUAAGUGCAGGGGGUUCUGAGGCAUCCACCGAGUCAAUGGCGGCUUAUUCAAACAAGCGUACGAUCCAGCUAAACAGCAAUUCCUCCUGGUAUCACGAUGAGUGCCGUUUUUGUCUGCAUGAUACUUCUUGUCGUCUUGUCUAUCAGUUUUUUGAUUAUGUGACUGUUCAUUUUGAGGCCCGUUUUAAUUGA